AUGAUCUUCACCCAGGCUCUCAAAAUCGCCUCCAUGGCUCUUGUUUUUCCCUUCAUUAUCUCAGCCUGGGACGUCCAGUGCUUCAGCGAAGAGAACUGCAACGGCGACGCAGGAACCCUGACCUACGCACCAGAUGAUGACAUUGCCAUGCGAAGGUUCUGUCUCAAUGUUGAAGGCCGAAAGUCCUGCCGGUUCUCUGGCUAUGCGUCCAGAUGGCAGAUUGUGGGCAACUCUGUCCAAGGCGAGUGCGGUGGCUUCGAUUAUCGCGGUAGUUGCGCCACCGAUACGUCCUGUGUCAACAUCCAGCACCCGUUCGGCAAUUAUCCCGAGCGUGCUUUGGUUGGCUACGCUUCUUUGACUCAAUGCUUCACUGGCGGGCUCAAGAGGGAUGAGCUUACUUGGGAGGCGUAA